AUGGCCUCAACGAGGAGACAGAGAACGGCUCCUCAAGGACACUUUGAGGAUACUACAGAGGUUGAAAAUGUAGUUCCUACUCAUGAUAAUAAUGUUGACGCAGAGGUUGAAGAUGUAGUUGCUACUCAGGAUAGUAUUGUUGAGGUACAUGCCGAGCCUAUUGAGCCAUCUCGAGUAGGUCUCAUUGAUCCAUCUUUACUUACGAGUUUUAAAACUCACAUAGCAGCUGCAAUUUGGAAUAACCAGGAACAUGAGCCCCUUAGGUGCAUUUCGAAGACAUCUACCCUUCGUGAGUGGAAUUGGUGGGGUAAUCCAAAUAAUGGUAUAUUCAAAGGGUACAUUCAGAGGCCUGGAUUAGAGCAACUUAUUAGGUGUUCUUACUUGGAUAUACACAUUGCAUAUAAAAUUAACCAAUGUUGCGUAAACAAAUAA